CCGGGGGCGGGACUCCAAGCCUUUCUCAUUGAAAAUUUUCAUUUAGAUGUAGAUGUGUAGGGACUAUUGGCGCAUGCGUAAUGGUACCACAAGCUUCUCGUACCGUCACUUCGGAAGUGUCAGCCGCCAGUGAUCCGCGGCCUUCCCGCCCGCCGCCGUUCUCGCUAGCACCUCUCAAAUCACUAAGAGAAAACACAAUAAAAACGACUCAAAGGUACGUGUUACGACACAAAUCAAAUUGGAAUUAGCCCUUCGGUGUAAUGCAUUACGGUUUAUAAUAACAGACAAGUUUGAUUCAAAAAUGUUCGAUAAUAAAUCAAUACAAACGUUAUUAAACCUAGGUACCGACGUUAUCAAUGGUGCGGUCGCUCUCGCUUCUUACUUAUGGGUAUUCAUUAUGUGCCAUGACAACGAAGACGAGGCAUUUUAAAGCAUCAAAUGUAAACUGUUCAAUGAAGUGACAAUAAAGCAACAAUAAUAGUUUUUGGAAAUAUAUUUAUUAUAUUGUAACAAUGGCGAACACAGCGCAUUUGAUGAGACGACAGAGUUCGCGGGACCUUUACGCGCAGAGGUCUCUGGAUCGGAUGGAGAUGAAGGAGCUGAGAGGACGCCUCGUUACGAUGGAGAACGGGCAGCCCGCGCACAGGACUCAUGUCAUGUACGGAGCUACUAAUGAGGCCUUUGAAGACACAAGCCCGAACAGACGCUCCUCCGAAACUCCUACCAGCAAAGGGAGUUCCGGUGAAGAACGUGCCGGUUUUAAGAAUGAGGGAGCCGAGAUAGAACGCGAGUCUUGGGAUAGUAAAUUGACCUUCCUACUCGCAACCGUCGGAUAUGCUGUCGGCCUAGGAAACGUUUGGCGAUUCCCAUAUUUAGCCCAAAAGAACGGCGGCGGUGCGUUUCUCAUACCGUACUUCGUAAUGCUGGCUAUCGAGGGCAUACCGAUAUUUUACUUGGAAUUGGCAAUCGGUCAGAGAUUAAGGAAAGGCGCUAUCGGCGUUUGGCAUCAAGUAUCCCCUUACCUCGGAGGUAUCGGCAUUAGUUCCGCCGUGGUUUCUUUCAACGUGGCUUUGUACUACAACUCUAUAAUAGCUUGGUGCCUUUUCUACUUCGCUCAGAGUUUCCAGGCGGAACUACCUUGGUCUGAAUGCCCGAAGAAAUACUUCCCGAACGGCUCUUACACAAGCGAACCGGAGUGCGCGAAAAGCAGCCCCACCCAAUACUUUUGGUAUCGAACAACUCUUCAAAUAUCCGAAGACAUAAACUAUCCGGAAACGUUCAAUUACAAAAUAGCUCUUGCUCUAGUCAUUGCUUGGAUUCUGGUCUACCUAUGUAUGAUCAAAGGGAUUGCGUCAUCGGGGAAGGUAGUGUACGUGACCGCAACAUUCCCAUACAUAGUCCUUGUUAUAUUUUUCUUUAGAGGCAUCACAUUGAAAGGCAUGAGCGACGGACUAAUACAUCUAUUCACUCCGAAGUGGCACACGAUUUUAGACCCUGUGGUGUGGCUAGAAGCGGGCACACAGAUCUUCUUUUCGCUUGGACUGGCUUUUGGUGGUUUAAUAGCCUUCUCUUCGUACAACCCGGUCGAUAACAACUGCUACAGAGACGCCAUUAUGGUCUCCAUGACAAAUUGUCUAACAUCGAUGUUCGCUGGUAUCGUUGUCUUUUCUAUAAUUGGCUUCAAAGCAACUAUGAUCUAUGAGAAAUGUUUGGAGAUCAGGAACGAGACUUUAUUGGAGAUGUUUGGCUCGUCAUACAAGUCAAUGGUGUUUCCUGAGGCUGGGGAAUCGGUGACGAUCGAUAAAAACGGAACUAUAACGAAUUUGUUAAUGCCACUAUUGCCUGUUUGCGAUUUGCAGAAGGAACUCGAUAAUACCGCAUCCGGGACCGGUUUAGCGUUCAUCAUCUUCACCGAGGCCAUUAACCAAUUCCCAGGCGCUCAAUUUUGGUCAGUCCUCUUCUUCCUGAUGCUUUUCACCCUCGGGAUCGAUUCCCAGUUUGGGACCCUUGAGGGCGUAGUCACUUCCAUCGUGGAUAUGAAGCUGUUCCCGAACCUGCGCAAGGAGUACCUGACCGGAGGGCUGUGCUUGCUCUGUUGCUUGCUGUCAAUGGGCUUCGCUCAUGGUGCAGGCAGCUAUAUAUUCCUGCUCUUCGACAUGUAUAGCGGGAACUUCCCGCUACUGAUCAUUGCGUUCUUUGAAUGCGUCGGGAUCGCUUACGUGUACGGAGUGAAGAGAUUUGCUGAUGAUAUAGAACUGAUGACCGGACAACGACCAGGUAUUUACUGGUUGAUCUGUUGGAAGUAUCUGUCUCCGCUGGCCAUGUUGUCCAUUCUCGUGUCAUCGUUCGCGGAACUAGCUAUGGAGGGAUCCGGGUAUGAAGCGUGGGUCUCGUCCGAAGGGGACACCGUGAAGAAACCCUGGCCCGUGUGGGCGGUUUUGCUCGUGGUCGUCCUGGUAUUGGCAUCUGUACUGUGGAUCCCUGUAGUUGCGAUUUGCAGAUACUUCGGAUAUCCUAUCGUAGAGGACGAGGAGCGCGCCUGGUUUCCCGCCGAAGACCUUCGUGAUUUUCACGGCAUCGAGCCAAGACCGGUCUCCGCGGCGGAGACCCUUCUGUUCUGCACUAGGCCUGACGGCAGCGAGGGCUGCUGCUGGCCUGGAUGUUGCGAAACUGACGAUGAGGAGUAAACUCUUCAUCCAUUCAUUUGUUGUUUCUGUCCAUGCUUCGUGUAAGGAAAGUUAUUGUAGCUGUGUACAGUUUACUGUGAAAAUAUGUUUAUGUAGAUGUUCUUACUUGGAUCUGAAGGCAAAUUGGAUCGGUUUAAUAACAAUCCUUUCACUUUUAAAAAAUAAUUAAGAUCGUAAACUAAUAUUCGCCGGUACCAUAAUUAUACACUGCUAUUUAUUUUUAAUUGUCCACUGAUUUAAAGUGAAAUAAUAUUUGGCUAAGAUUAUUUCUGAUUGAAAAACAUCUCGAUAGAUUCAGCUAAUACGCUGCAAUGCGUGUCAUGCCACAAUGAUCAAAUUUCUAAUAUUAUAUUUCAUUAUAGACUCCAUCGAUAUAUAUCGAUGAUAGACUCCGGCAAUAUCGGUACUAUCCUAUCUUAUUAGCUAUCGCUGCAAGGCUGAUUUGAAGGAUAUAAAAAAAGUGUGUGUGUCCGCUCCGACGCACGACUGGAGUUUACUGGAUAUAAAAAAUUAAACGAAACAAUACGAGAAAUAGUUCUAUAUUACGACAACACGAUACACUACAGAUUAUUAACAAAUUAACGAGACAUAAAACAAACGACUAACAAAUAUAUGAAAAUACAAUAAUGAGAGAAACGCGCGAUCAGUACGAGGCUUUGUGGCGGACUGCCGGCGCAGCAGCCCGGCGUCACCUGCGAUAACGCGGCCGCGCGUUGGCUCCUGAUUGGCGCGCGCACGCAUCACGCAAUCAGGAGCCAAUCAGGCGCAUAACGCAUUUCGUGUGACAUGCUAGUACGAUUUUGGUCCCCAUAAUUUUCAUACCCCGGGCCUAUAUAUGUAAAUCGAUUCUAAAGGAGUAAACUCCAAAAAUAUUACUUUAAAUUUGACUAACCUUCAAAUGUCAAAUACGGCAGCUCAAAGGAAAUGUGGAUGAAACCGAGAGAUACGCGCUUUUGAGGCUGACAACACCAAACGUGUACUAUGGGUACCUAUGUGUACCUUUCGACUCUGAUUCCGAAUAGAGGAUUGUUCUAAUCAUAUUAUUAUCAAAACAUGUUAACAUAGUUCGAUAUUUUAUUCAUUAAAUUUAAUUUUCCUCUCAUAAAGCAAUACGUACCUUUACUUUUUGAGUACGGUACCUAAUAAUAACUUGAGUGUAACAUAAAUGAAGGUGUUUCCAACAACAAUAUUACGGUGAUUACGUGAAUAAUGACAAUAAUAUUUAGGCCUAAAGAAAAUUAAAUAGAACUGUGUUGUUUGAAAAUAGAGAUUCUGGUUUGUUUAGUUUUUAUUUUGUAUUGAUAAAGUGAACUGAAGUGUGGUAGGUAGCAGCUUGGUUGUGUUUUUGGCAUUACUGACCUCCAUGAGUGACGGUAACACUAUCCGGUGGCUCUAAAAAGUAUUGCCUACGAAGCCAAUAGAAAAAAAGCAAAGUAUCAGCCAGCAAGAUAAAGUUUUUAUUACCUACUGUCGUUAUGAACACUACCUACGUACUUCUUACCUUCUUCAUAUCAUGAUAGGCGAUCUAUAUCUUUCUUCCAUAUCAACAAAGUUAUGAAAAAGUCAUAUCUUUCACUUUUAAAAGUAAUUUUGACUAACGGAAAAUACCUUUUAGUAGAUGUGUAUUCUAUUUACAAAAAUAAUACAUUAUAUUAUAUACAAAUAAUUUACGUACAACAAUGACAAUAAAAAUUGAAGUUAUAUAUAUAGGAUUUACAGUUGUUUUGUAGUUUUAAAAUAUUCACAUUCUCUCCAAGACAAUAAAUAACUUUUGGAUAAGUAUUAUUAUUUAUAAAUUUGUAUUUCCAAUUGAUUUAAAGAAAAUUUACGACAAUAAUCUUAUUGGUAUUUAGAUACUAUAUUAUAGAGUGUAAGAUAGAAUACAAUGCAGUCAUAAAAUAUUAUGUAUUGAAAAAAAAAAACAAUUAAAGAAUCGCAUACUUGGUUUGAACUAUCAGUGAAAAUUAACAAUAAACAUUUAUGACGUCAAAAACAAAUACAUUUUUUUUUAUUCGCAAUCGUUUCUUUGGCUGCUAUUGUAUUAAUAAUAAGCCUUGAUGUGAUAAUAUUAACUGUUGUUGUUAUCUUUUUAAUAUUAUAUCCUAAUAUAUCGUCCUAAACUGAUAUGUUUUGAGUGUCAGUUUAAAAUACCUACGCAAUAUGAGAUUUAAAAAUAAUCUUUCGGGAUGUUGUGCGUUGGAGAAUUAUUAAAUUGCUUGUGAUUGAUAAUAAACUAUGGCUUUGUGUACUGUCACCUUUCAUUUUGGACCGACACUCAAAAUAAUAUUAAUUAAAUGUAAUAGGUAAUAUGUAGCACAUAAGUAUUUUAGAAAUAUCUCAUGGACGAGUGGCUGUUUAAUAAUUACGUACUUUUAACACCAAUUUGAUGUCUGCUUGAAAUUGAAUCUCAAUUGUAAUCAAACUCAUUGAAGCAUAAUAAUAUGAAAAACUUUUAUUUCUUCUUUAUCAUCGUAAAAACAUGAAUUAAUAAUUAGCGUUAUGUAGCGUCACUUUCGUGCUUGGUGAUUAUUAUGUUAAAAGCUGAAAAGCGUAAACGUUAAAAAGCUUUAAGUUUAAAUGAUAUGCACUACGAUUUUCUGCCGUUUUAUUGUUUUGGCUACAUACUGCAACCGUGCGUAGUGGACGCAUCCGAUGAUGCACGAAGUAUUUAUAUUAAUCCUGUGCUGUUUAAUAUUUAACGUUAGUAUUUGUCUUGUAAAGAAGGCAUCAGAAUCUGAUGCCUUGCUGCCUGACAGUGCCCUGCAGUGCUACCUUACAGUGUCUGAUGAUCAGACUGCACUGCCCACAUUAAUGUGCAUAAAGUCCAUAUACUAACCCAAAGUCUUCUACUUUUUAUAUUUCUCUAAUGCAAGAAUUAGAAGCCUGUACUUUUUUAAGGCCACACAUAUUUUAUGGAGAUAUAUCGUUAGCAAUGUUGUUGUCAUGUGUUUAAGCAAAGAAAAAAAAAAUCCUAGCGUUAACGAUAAAUAAAAAUUAUACUUGCAAUUUUAUUGCGUACCUAUAUAUCCCUUCAUCGACUCAGCUAGUUAUUGACUAUUGAAACAAACAAAGCCGAUUGAUUGAAUAUAAAUUGUCUGCGUUGAAGUGUGUUUGAGUUCAUGAAUAUGAAUAAAAAAUGCCGUGUAGGUACCAUUUACUAAUAGUCAAAAUUUACGCUAAAAUUAGCUGGCGGUUGGCUGUAGUGCGGGUUACCACUAAAGGCGAGGUAAGGCUGUAUGUAUUUAAGGCUUGGGCCGGUUUUAAGUCAAUUAAUUUUUAUGCGGUAAAUCGUAGUAACUUCAGUAACAUCGAAGCUAUUUAUUAUCAUGUAAUUAUUUAGUUUUCUAAUGGGAAUCGCUGAACUUAAACAAUAUUGGAUAGUCUCUUAAGUAACAGGAAAUAUAACUUCAGGAAUCUGGUGACCUUAGAUACGUUACUCUAAAUAAUGUUUUUUUAAAGUUAUCUACUCAAUUCUAAAUUGUUGCAUUCCAAUGAAUCUUUAUUUUGCUUGUAAUAAACUUGUUCUUAUGAAAAAAACUGAAACGCACAACGACUUUUGCUUAGCAAUUUUUUAUUGUAUAUUUUUCGAUAAAACCAAUACUAUUGCUUAUUUCUUAUGAAAUUAUGAAAAGAAAAAGAAUAUUGCUAAAUAAGAACAACUGACAUUAUGGUAUCUUUAAGCGAUUUUGAACCGAUUCUGAGUUCCCAAAUUUAAUUGGAAUAUGUAAUGCUCGCAUUUAGAUCAAUUAAUCUUUUGUUUGUAUUAUUUGAUUUCCAUUGUUCCCAUGAUCACUGAAAGCAAUUAACUAUUUUGCAUAAGGCGAGUAUCGUUCCUUAGCUAUUUAUGUUUUAAUCAAGAUAUACGUAUCUAUACCUACUUAUAAUUAUUUAAAGCAAUCAUUAAUAAUUAACGUGUUGUUGUUUCAUAAAAACUAAGUACAGUAUAUGCCUGAAUAUUACGUCGUGUUGAUGGUAAAAUUAAAUUUUCUUGGGAAA